GACCCGCGACAGAGCCGUCUUCCGCAGGACAACGUCGUCGUGUCGGCCAGUCGAUCGCGCGCAACACGUCCGGUUGACGACGGAUCCAAAUGCACACACGUCCAUGUAUGUACUCGCAGACAUAAUAUUGUAAUAUUCUGACUCGAUAUCGCAAAUAUUCAUUGUCAGGACAUCGCCCCGAUACUCGCGGUCCGCUACGCUCGUUGUGUGUGCUCGUGUAUGUUUAACGAUGAAGAUUUAAGGUCGUCGUCAUCAUAUUAUAUAGUACAGUGUAUCAUCUUGUCGAUUGAUAUAUUAUUAUUAUAAUCCGUUUCAUCGCUCGGAAAACGGUUUUUCACGUCGGUCCGUCAUAUUAUAUUACACUGUCGACGGUGCGAUCGGACUUUGUUCGUCCUAUUUAAAUAUUAUAAUAUUACGCGCAUAUAGGCCUACCACACCGACUGGGGUACUAUGAUGAUGUUGCAGAAUCCGCUGUUCCAGGAGUACAACACUGCUCUGUCGCAGUUGCUCGAACUGCACCAACAGCAACACCGGUACCAUCAUCACCAACAACACCAGCACCAACAGCACCAUCACGCCAACAGACAGAUGCAGUUGCAUCGCGCGACCGGCGGCAACGGAUCGUCCGCCGCGGCAGCCGUCGCCGCCACGGCCGCAGGAGUUUUCCAAAGUUACGCGGGUGGCGUGAGGACGGCCAGCCGGGACAGCGCCGAGUCGGACGGGCUGAGCUCUUCGUCGCCCAGGCCGUCCAAGCCGUUCACCAUCGACGCAAUACUUGGACUUCAAGCGGGCGCCGUGGGCCAGUCCGCCGCCGCCGCCGCCGCGACCGCGAUCGACCCUUUGAACGCGGGCCCGGUCACCGCGCUCGACUUUUCCACCGGUUCGGCUGCGGUUCACGGCAAAAAACUCCGCGAAGACAAAAUUGAAAGUUCCAGUAAAAAACAUGGUUGUUCUGGUAAAUCUAAAAGAGUACGAACAAUAUUCACUCCAGAACAAUUAGAGAGGUUAGAGAUGGAAUUCGAACGUCAACAAUAUAUGGUGGGUCCAGAAAGACUAUACUUGGCUCACACUUUACAGCUAACGGAAGCACAAGUUAAAGUUUGGUUUCAAAAUCGUAGAAUAAAAUGGCGAAAACAACAUCUGGAAAUACAGCAACAGAGGUUGGCCAAUAUACACCAACGGAGUACGCAGGGAAUGGUUCAAGAGUGUGAAGAAGACGAAGAUUCGGAAACAGAAACAAAUAAUUGUUCAUAUUACUCAUAAAACUUUAAAGUAAAAUAAUAUGUAGUUUCUUAUAACUUUUUGUUUGAUAUUGAAAUGUAGCAAAUCCAUCCAUCGUUAUUUUAAGAAAAAUAUGAAAAUUAUUAUAUUAUAAAAUUUAAUUUCUUCUAAAAACGACCGGAUUGCCAUAAUACCAGGAAAAUGAAAAACGAGAAACUUUUUUCUAUCGAGAGAAUUUUUUUUUGUUAUUUGUCUUGUUAUAAGACAUUUAUAUUAAUAUGCUUGAAUAACUGUAAUAUUGUACGAAAUUAUGGAGAAUCAUAAAAAUUGCUUUAAAACUAAAACUAAUAAAGAGCAAAUGGGAUUUUGAUGAUAGAGUGAACUUUUACAAAUUGAUGAAAAUCUAUAUACACUUAAGCUGAUAUGUUUAGUAUACUGCAAGAUCGUUAAUAAUUAGCAUUUUAGAAUAUAAUAUAUAUAGGUUAGAUGUUCCAUUAUUAUUUAUUAAAUAUUACUUAUGUUGAUGAAAUGUAAAUAUAUAUAUUCUAUAAUGUUGUAAAUAAAUAAUAAAAUGUGUUUAAUAAAUAUUAUUAAAAAAAA